AUGUGCAUCUCCUCCUCAAACCGUGAAUUCCCAGCCCUCCAGCCUCCCUGGCUUCCACGUCCUUGCCACUGUGGUUCAAGCACGUUCGGGUUGAUCCACUUCGGUCAUUUGCCCAGUGUUUUCUCUACAAGAAGACCGUCCGCCCCGUGCGGUAUGACAAGUUCCACGAACAGGGCAGUCGUAAUCCUUGCCAUUGCUCUUGUUGCCGUGGGUGCUCACGGACAAAGUCCAGAUGCUGCCCGGGAGUUCCAUGUCACGUUCCCUUUGCAGGAUCAUGUUGGCAACGUGUUGACGCCAAGUUUACUUGAAGGCCUGAAUCUCUUCACAAGCGACAUUGCGAAGCAUAUCCAGGAGCACCGCCGCGGCGGAUGA